UAACCGAUCGCUAAAAGUAUAGUAGUUUCACAGGCGACCUAUAAUAUUUGUAUACUGCUUCAGUUUCAAUGGUUUGUGAAAAAUGCGAGAAAAAGCUAGGGAAGGUUAUCACACCCGACCCGUGGAAGGCCGGCGCGAGAAAUACUACCGAAGGAGGAGGUAGGAAAAUCAACGAAAACAAAGCAUUAACAAGUGCAAAAGUGCGAUACAAUCCGAUAGCCGGGAAUUUCGCCCCUUGCCGAAUAUGCAAACAGAAAAUUCAUCAAGCCGGUUCACACUACUGCCAACAAUGCGCGUAUAAGAAAGGUAUCUGUGCUAUGUGCGGCAAGAAGCUGUUGGAUAUAAAGAACUAUCGACAAUCAUCUACAUAGACGAUGAGGUUUACAUCACUACAAACCAUCAA